GUCCAGUCCAUAGAUGGUGUCGUCGGACGGGCAUUUGCGGCGCGGCGUACGGCAGCGAGACGACGACGACAACAAUAAUAAUAAUAAUAUCUCCCGCGCGGAUCGAUAAAAGUUUUCGGUUUCUUUUCGUCGACGGCGUAAACGAUAUAUUGUCUCCACACACCGCCGGCAUUAUAAUCAUCAUCGCAUCGUAACGAACACCUGAACACCCGUAGUUGCGAUACGCUCAUAAUAUUUAGAAAUAGCGCAGAAGAAAAAUUAUAAGGGGUUAGUACCAUACCGUGUAAAAGAGGAUAUUUCAAGUUAUUAUCAAUAAUCGUAUUCUUCAUUUAACCUUCAGAUUUUUUUUUAUAAAAUUAUUUCUACCAUGCAAGAACCUCCUCAAACUGAUUGGCUUAUGAUCAUCGCAAUAUGUUUCAUAACUAGUUGUGUAUUAAUUGGAAUACUCUGUGUUGUUUGUUGUUUUUGGUCUAAAUGCUUACUAUUCAACUGUUGUCGACCAAAAUAUAACAAUACUUUAAUAAUAUCCUAUGAUAAGCCGGAAGAAGCAUUGAAUUUACCACCAGAAGACACAAAUAACAGUACUUGUUACUCGCCCGUCCGAAUGAAAAAAAUAAAAACAUUCGAUUAUUAAAUUUUUUGAAUAUUAAGCAGCAAGAUAAAUGCUUGCGUUAUUUACUUGUGACUGCAAAUAAUUUAUCAAAAUGCAGCGAAUGUUCCUGAUCUCAGUAUUACCCACAUAAACAAAUAAUAAUAAAAAAAGAUUCAGAAGUCAACUAGAAUAUUUCAUUUAUUCAGAAACAAACAAUAUUAUAACAAUUGAUUCAUAAUUAAUGCUUUGAUCGACUUUGAAGAUCUCAAUAAUUUAUAAUAUUAUGUUUGGUUUGUACCUGUAUGUUGUAUUAUACUAAGUACCUACUACCUAUACCUACUUAUCAGUAUUAUAAUGUUAAAUGUAAAACGGCCAAUGGUUACAUUAUAAAGGUAUAUUAUAAUAAAAUGCGCCAGUGCAUGAUAGAAAGCUUUGAAGGUUAAGAGGUAGAAAUUAUUAGAAAAAGUUGAAGAGUAAUAUUUUUAAUCAUAUAAUAUGAUGUUUUAAUAUUAUUCAAUUACUUAUAGCUACCAUUAUAAAACAGAAUCGUUUGUUAUGCCUGUAUAGUGUAUACCUACUAAUUUAAAAUGUCUUUGUAAUCAAUUAAAUUAA